CCCUCUCUCUCUCUCUCUCUAUCUCUAUCUCUCUUCACACCUUUUUUCCUGGAAGAUUUUAGUACUACUUUUCCCGUCAAUUAGUAUCUUUUUUUCCAUUCUGUUUCCCCACCUUUUCUCGCCCUUUUUGGGUAUUCUCCAAGGAAUGGUGUCCAGUUGAACAUAAGAACAGUUGACUCAUCUUAGUUCAAGAAGAGUAAUGCCUGUAAUGUGUUAACAGUGAAGCGGAUAGGCCUGAAGAGAAGUGAUUGAAGAUGGGUUUUGAGCCAUUGGCUUGGUAUUGUCGGCCAGUUGCAAAUGGAGUAUGGGCAAGUAUUGUGGAGAAUGCUAUGGGAGCUUACACACCUUGUGCAACGGACUCUCUCGUGGUUUCCAUCUCCAAUUUGGUUCUUAUGGGUCUUUGCUUAUAUCGGAUAUGGCUGACCAAGAAAGAUUUCAAAGUCCAGAGGUUCCGUUUGAGAUCAAAUUAUUACAACUAUGUGUUGGUGUUUUUGGCUGCAUUUUGUACUGCAGAACCUUUGUUCAGAUUGGUCAUGGGUAUAUCAGCCUUGAAUCUUGAUGGACAGUCGGGCCUCGCUCCAUUUGAGAUAGCUUCACUUGUCAUUGAGGCUUUGGCUUGGUGCUCUAUGUUGGUCAUGCUUGGAGUAGAAACAAAGGUCUACAUCCGUGAGUUCCGGUGGUAUGUCAGAUUUGGGGUAAUUUAUGCUUUGGUAGGGGACAUGGUGAUGCUUAGUCUCAUUCUUUCAGUGAAGGAAUUUUACAGCCGAUCUACACUGUAUUUGUACAUCAGUGAGGUCGUCGUCCAGGUUUUGUUUGGAGCACUCUUGCUGUUUUAUGUUCCCAGUUUGGAUCCCUAUCCGGGGUACUCCCCAAUACGGACCGAGUCUCUUGAUGACAAUGAAUAUGUUGAACUUCCUGGAGGAGAGCAAGUUUGUCCCGAGAGGCAUGUCAACAUAUUUUCCAAAAUUACUUUUGGAUGGAUGAAUCCACUUAUGCAGCUGGGCGCUAAAAGGCCCCUGACAGAAAAGGAUGUUUGGAAACUGGACACUUGGGAUCGGACUGAAACACUGAACAGCAAGUUCCAGCAAUGUUGGGCUGAAGAAUCUUGUAGGCCUAAACCGUGGCUUUUAAGAGCAUUACAUCGUAGUCUUGGCGGAAGGUUUUGGUGGGGAGGUUUUUGGAAGAUUGGCAAUGAUGUUUCCCAGUUCGUGGGCCCGCUUAUAUUGAACCAGCUUUUACAGUCUAUGCAACGCAGGGAUCCACCUUAUAUUGGUUAUAUUUACGCCUUCUCAAUUUUCGUUGGAGUGGUAUUUGGAGUGUUGGCUGAAGCUCAAUACUUUCAGAACGUCAUGCGUGUUGGUUAUCGAUUACGAUCAACUCUGAUUGCUGCUGUAUUCCGGAAGUCCUUAAGGUUAACCCAUGAGAGUCGCAAAAAGUUUGCGACUGGGAAAAUAACCAACUUGAUGACAACUGAUGCUGAGGCACUGCAGCAAAUAUGCCAAUCACUUCACACUUUGUGGUCAGCUCCUUUCCGUAUCGUCAUUGCACUAGUUCUGCUUUAUCAGCAGUUGGGUGUUGCUUCACUUCUUGGGGCACUUAUGCUAGUCCUUAUGUUCCCUUUGCAGACGUUCGUGAUAAGCAAAAUGCAGAAAUUGUCGAAGGAAGGAUUGCAACGUACUGACAAGAGAAUUGGCCUUAUGAAUGAAAUUUUGGCAGCAAUGGACACUGUGAAAUGUUAUGCGUGGGAGAAUAGUUUCCAAUCCAAAGUUCAAACUGUUCGAAAUGACGAGCUUGCAUGGUUCAGGAAAGCGCAAUUACUAGCAGCGUGCAACAGUUUCAUACUAAACAGCAUUCCAGUUAUCGUGAUUGUGAUUUCAUUUGGGGUGUUCACUUUGCUUGGAGGGGAUCUGACACCUGCAAGGGCAUUUACGUCACUUUCUUUGUUUGCAGUGCUACGCUUUCCACUAUUCAUGCUUCCCAACAUAAUUACUCAGGUAGUAAACGCAAAUGUAUCCUUAAAGCGUCUGGAGGAACUUCUCUUAUCUGAAGAGAGAAUGCUUCUACCAAAUCCACCCCUUAAACAAGGACUACCUGCCAUCUCAAUCAAAGAUGGAUUCUUCUCCUGGGAUUCCAAGGCAGAGAAGCCGACAUUGUCGAAUAUUAAUUUGGAUAUCCCAAUGGGUAGCUUGGUAGCAAUUGUUGGCAGUACGGGAGAAGGUAAGACAUCACUAGUGUCGGCAAUGCUUGGAGAGCUUCCUCCCGUAGCAGAUUCAAACGUUGUUGUCAGAGGAACAGUUGCUUACGUCCCACAGGUUUCAUGGAUUUUCAAUGCAACAGUACGUGAGAACAUCUUAUUCGGAUCUGUAUUUCAGCCAGCAAGAUACGAGAGGACAAUAGAUGUGACUGCAUUGCAGCAUGACCUUGAAUUACUUUCUGGAGGUGAUCUUACUGAAAUUGGUGAAAGAGGGGUUAAUAUUAGUGGAGGUCAAAAGCAACGGGUAUCCAUGGCAAGAGCUGUAUACUCCAAUUCAGAUGUUUAUAUAUUUGAUGAUCCUUUAAGUGCUCUAGAUGCUCAUGUGGGUCGACAGGUUUUCGAGAAAUGCAUUAAAGAAGAAUUAAGAGGAAAAACAAGAGUUCUAGUCACGAACCAGCUACAUUUUCUUUCGCAAGUUGAUAGAAUUAUUGUGGUCCAUGAAGGUAUGGUGAAAGAGGAUGGAACCUUUGAGUACCUUUCAAAUAACGGUGCCCUCUUCCAGAAACUGAUGGAAAAUGCUGGAAAGAUGGAAGAAUAUGUUGAAGAGAAGAAAGAUGUUGAAAAUGCUAGUCAAGAAACCUCAAAACCUGUUGCUAAUGGAGUGAUUAAUGGGUUUCUUAAAGAUGCAGCCCCCACAAAAACAAAAAAAGAAGGAAAAUCUAUCCUUAUUAAGCAGGAAGAGAGGGAAACAGGUGUUGUUAGCUUGAAUGUGUUGAAGAGGUAUAAGGAUGCUUUGGGAGGCCUAUGGGUGGUUAUGCUACUCUUCUUGUGCUAUGUCCUAACAGAAGUUCUACGAGUUUCAAGUAGCACAUGGUUGAGUACGUGGACAGAUCAAAGCAGUUCAAAGCGCUACGGGCCUGGUUUUUACAAUCUGAUUUACGCACUUCUAUCAUUUGGUCAAGUUUUGGUGACGCUGGCAAAUUCAUUUUGGUUGAUUGUUUCAAGCCUUUAUGCAGCGAGAAAGUUGCAUGAUGCGAUGCUUAGCUCCAUAUUAAGAGCUCCAAUGGUCUUCUUUCAAACCAAUCCCCUUGGACGGAUUAUCAAUAGGUUUGCAAAGGAUCUUGGUGACAUAGAUCGGAAUGUCGCUGUGUUUGUGAAUAUGUUUCUGGGCCAAGUCUCCCAGCUCUUGUCAACAUUUGUGUUGAUAGGAAUUGUGAGCACCAUGUCCUUGUGGGCCAUAUUGCCGCUUCUAGUAUUGUUUUAUGUUGCCUACCUGUAUUAUCAGAGCACAGCUCGUGAGGUGAAGCGCUUAGAUUCUGUUAGCAGAUCUCCUGUGUAUGCGCAAUUUGGGGAAGCAUUAAAUGGUUUAACAACUAUUCGUGCCUACCAAGCAUAUGACCGAAUGGCAACCAUGAAUGGAAAAUCCAUGGAUAACAAUAUUAGAUUCACUCUUGUGAACAUGAGUGGAAACCGAUGGCUUGCAAUCCGACUGGAAACGUUAGGAGGCCUAAUGAUCUGGCUCACAGCAACUUUUGCUGUCAUGCAAAAUGGAAGAGCAGAAAACCAAGAGGCAUUUGCUUCUACGAUGGGUCUCCUUCUCAGUUACUCUUUAAAUAUUACAACUCUAUUAACGGGUGUACUGAGACUUGCGAGUCUGGCUGAGAAUAGCAUGAAUGCAGUUGAACGGAUUGGCACCUAUAUAGAUUUGCCUUCUGAGGGUCCUUCUGUUAUAGAGAGCAAUCGUCCUCCUCCUGGAUGGCCUUCCUCUGGAUCCAUCAAAUUUGAGGAUGUUGUUUUGCGUUAUAGACCUGAACUUCCUCCAGUCCUUCAUGGGUUGUCCUUCACAAUAGCUCCAAGUGACAAAGUGGGUAUAGUUGGGAGAACUGGGGCCGGGAAAUCUAGCAUGCUCAACGCUUUGUUCCGAAUUGUAGAACUGGAAAGAGGUAGAAUCUUGAUCGAUGGUUAUGACAUUGCAAAGUUUGGAUUGACAGAUCUCCGUAAAGUUCUGGGUAUCAUACCACAGUCACCUGUUCUUUUCUCAGGAUCUGUGAGAUUUAAUCUGGAUCCUUUCGGUGAGCACAAUGAUGCUGACCUUUGGGAGGCUUUAGAGAGGGCAUACCUAAAGGAUGCUAUCAGGAGGAAUUCGUUAGGGCUGGAUGCUGAGGUCUCCGAGGCAGGGGAGAAUUUCAGUGUUGGACAGAGGCAGCUGCUAAGUCUUGCUCGAGCGUUGCUUCGUAGAUCAAAAAUCCUUGUUCUAGAUGAAGCAACCGCCGCUGUUGAUGUUAGAACUGACGCUCUUAUUCAGAAGACCAUUCGAGAAGAAUUCAAAUCAUGUACAAUGCUCAUUAUUGCACACAGGCUGAAUACCAUCAUUGAUUCUGACCGAGUUCUUCUGCUCGAAGCUGGUCGAGUUGUAGAAUAUGCUUCUCCUGAGGAACUGCUGCAAAAUGAUGAGAGUGCUUUCUCUAAGAUGGUUCAGAGCACGGGUGCUGCAAAUGCUCAGUACUUGCGCAGCUUAGCACUAGGGGAAGGGGAUAUCAAAUUGGAGACAGAAGAGACCAGACGGUUAGAUGGGCAGAGAAGAUGGCUUGCUUCAUCUCGAUGGGCUGCCGCUGCACAGUUUGCCCUUGCUGUCAGUCUCACUUCUUCGCAUAAUGACCUCAUACAGUUGGAAAUAGAGGGUGAUGAUAGUAUUCUUAGAAAAACAAAGGAUGCGGUAAUAACUCUGCAGGGUGUUUUGGAAGGGAAGCAUGACAAAGUUAUUGAAGAGACCCUUGAUCAGUACCAGGUUCCCAGUGAUAGAUGGUGGUCAUCUCUCUACAAAAUGGUUGAAGGUCUCGCGAUGAUGAGCAGGCUGGCUCGAAACAGGCUUCACCAAUCAGAAUAUGGAUUUGAAGAUAGAACAAUCGACUGGGACCGUGUGAACAUGUAGAGAGAGAGAGAGAGAGAGAGAGAGGGAAAAGUACCUCACCAGUCCCAUGUGUCGAUGUUCUGACAGUAAAGUAUGAACUGCGUCCACCACUUUCGGUAAUCCUACCCUCCAGCUCUACGCUUAUUGAGUAUAGUUUCCAGUUCUACAUUAUGUUAAGGUGCUAAUUAGCAUUAUUUGCAGGCUGCGAAGCUCAGUCCAGCUCUGCUUUGUAACUGCAUGUAUUCCGAAGUCGAAACUUUUUAGCAUUGGUACAAAUAGUUUUGUAAUGAUUUUGCUCAUAUGGAAUCAGAUGAUCGUGAAUUAAGUAGACCAUGCAACUUGAGUAGACCUUGUUGAGUGGACAAAAGCAAAAGCUACACUGGAGAGUUUACUUAUUUGAAUGUUGGUGAAGGUUUCAAAUUAAA